GACCGGGCUGUGGGCAGGUGCGGAGCGCGCAGUGUGCCACCAGAGCCGGCCGUCAGGUGCCGGGAGCAGCCACCGCCGCUGGGUCGUCUCCAGGCAGCAGCGCGCACUCGUCCCGCCAUGGCGCUUCGACGCGGGGCGCCGCUGCCGAUGUCGCUGCUAGCGCUACUGACGCUGGCGCCGCUCCGCUCCUGUGCGCAGCAGAGCAUCGACGAGGACGGCCUGGUGGUGCGCACCAACAAGGGCCUGGUGCGGGGGAUGACGCAGACGGCCGCCACCGGCCGGCAGGUGGACGUCUGGCUAGGGAUCCCGUUCGCCAAGCCGCCCAUCGGCCCGCUGCGCUUCAAGCACCCGCAGCCGAUGCACCUCUGGCAUGACGUGCGUGACGCCAAGCAGCAGCCCAACUCGUGCUGGCAGACGGUCGAUGACUAUUUCGGUGACUUUGAGGGCAGUUCUAUGUGGAACGCCAAUACACCCAUGAGUGAAGACUGUCUGUAUUUGAACGUGGUUUCUCCCCGGCCGCGGCCCGCGCGGCCCGCAGCCGUCAUGGUCUGGAUCUUCGGCGGCGGAUUUUACAGCGGUACCUCGACACUGGAUGUGUACGAUGCCAAGAUUUUGGCGUCUCAGGAGGGCGUUGUGUUCGUGUCGUUCCAGUACCGUGUGGCGUCGCUCGGCUACCUGUACCUGGACACGCCCGCGGCGCCCGGUAACGCCGGUAUGUUCGACCAGCUGAUGGCGCUGCAGUGGGUGCAGGACAACAUCGCCGCGUUCGGCGGCAACCCGCACAACGUCACCCUGUUCGGAGAGUCGGCCGGAGCUGCCAGCAUCAACAUGCACCUGGUCUCUCCGCUGUCUCGCUCGCUGUUCAGCCAGGCCAUCCUGCAGUCGGGCUCGGCCACCAACCCCUGGGCGGUGGUCGACAAACGCGAGGCGGCGCUACGCGGCCUGCGGCUCGCAGAAGCGGUCAAAUGCCCAGACACCAACCCAGUCGCUGCCCUGGAAUGUCUGCGUCGUACAGAUCCCAAGACGCUUGUCUAUUCGGAAGGCUUUCUGACCGACUUCUGCGACUUUGCUUUCGUGCCUGUAGUGGACGGUUCCUUCCUCGUGGAAACGCCACGAGCCUCUCUGGCCAGCGGCAACUUCAAAAAGGUCAACCUCCUGAUGGGUAGCAACAAGGAUGAGGGCUACUUCUACCUCUUAUACUACCUGACAGACCUUUUCGGGUUGCGUGAAGACCCGCAAGUGACACACGAGAUGUUCCUGGACGCCGUGAAGCAGCUGCACCCGCGGCUCACGACCCCGGCCCGCUCAGCCAUCGCGUUCGAGUACACGCCGUGGGCUAACACUGAGAGCUCAGCGCACAUGCGAGAUGCCAUUGACGAGAUGGCCGGCGACCACCAGUUCACGUGCGGGCUGAUGGAGGUGGCCGACGUGUAUGCGCGCGCCAACAGCGGCGUCUACAUGUACUUCUUCAGCCAGAGGAGCAGCGUGUCGCCGUGGCCGCGCUACAUGGGCGUGUUGCACGGCGACGAGAUCCUGUUCGUGUUCGGUUUGCCGCUAAACCCGGCCAAACACUACACACCAGAGGAAGCCGAGCUUUCCAGCAAGAUGAUGCGCUACUGGGCCAACUUCGCCAAAACUGGGAACCCGAACCGCGGUUCGAGCCUGAAGCCGUCGUUGGACUACUGGCCGCUGCACUCAGUUCACGACAGGAGCUACCUGACGCUCUCGGUCAACUCAUCUGCGGUCGGGGUCGGACCCAAGAUCAAACGCUGCGCCUUCUGGCAAAAGCACCUGCCCAACCUGCAGGCUGCAACCGCGGACAUUUCGGAUACUGAGGCCGAGUGGAAGUUGCAGUUCGCGCAUUGGAAGGACGAGUACAUCGUCAACUGGCGCAACGAGUUCGACAAGUACCAGGCGUUCAUGAACCGCCAGAACGAACUGUUCCGCGCCCACCGGGACCGCUGUCAGCCGGGCCUGUACGGACCCUCGUACGCACCGCCCAUGUACCCGUGGUUGCAAACUUAGGUAGGCUGUGCGCUGUGCAGGUGCGGCUGGCAGAGGGGUAGAGGCGGCAGUGGCGAGAGCAGUGGCGAGAGCGGCCGCAUGAGCAGCAGCGAGAGCAGACCUCUGUCCACUCCCGGUCCGUCCCAGGUGGGCACAUCAUCUGAGUCGUCACUUGAGCACGUCAGCCGGGCACGGCGCUGCCGGCGGCGGCGGCUGGCGGCGCCGAUAGGGAGUCUGAGAGAGAGAGAAAGAGCAUCGAUCGCCACCGGCAGUAUUUAACAGGGUCCGGCCGCGCGGCGGCGGCCGGUCGGCUGGCCGGCCCGGUAGCCCUCAGGAUAAACAGGCCACACUCGGGCCGCUGCUGGUCGGUCGGUUUGGGGCGCUCAGAGUAGACCACGAGCAGUAAGGAACAUAGAUGAGUAGUAAAAUGACGAUAAUAACUCAAGUUUAUUGUACAAGACAAAGCUUUCGAUACAUAUAGUAUCUUGAUCACUGUCAAUGAGAUGUAGAAUAUUUGAAAAUUCACGAAUAACAAAAACCGACGCAAGUCGUUGCAUUUCUUUCUUCCUAACAUGUGACAUUCACCCUAUGACACUUUCACUGCUAAUUUUGCUGCUAUGCUAGACCAUGUAAUAAACCCGUUUCUUGUGUUGAACGUAUUUCUUGACAUGAUAUGAGCCGUUGACAUGAUAUGAGCUUGACAUUACAUGGUCUAGCAUAGCAGCAAAAUUAGCAGUGAAAGUGUCAUAGGGUGAAUGUCACAUGUUAGGAAGAAAGAAAUGCAACGACUUGCGUCGGUUUUUGUUAUUCGUGAAUUUUCAAAUAUUCUACAUCUCAUUGACAGUGAUCAAGAUACUAUAUGUAUCGAAAGCUUUGUCUUGUACAAUAAACUUGAGUUAUUAUCGUCAUUUUACAUCUGUCAUGGAUUCGUUACAAUAGAUGAGUAGAGCGUGGAGAGUCGGCAGUACCACUUGGUCCGACACGGCUCGUGGACGACCGUGAGUACAGCGGGUAACUUGGAGUGCCGCCGAUGGGCUAUAACUCAGUGCGUGGCGCGAGCAGCCGCCGCCGGCCAGAUGUGUUGGCUACGGUGCGGUCAAGGCAUGUCAUGACACCAUGAAUCACGGCACGGCCACUUCCACUCCGACCGGCUCGAGCGACGUCCUCCAUCUGAGCCCGCUCUCGGUGGAAUGCAGAAUGGAGUUUGUCAUGGGAGAAAGGUCAUGAAUAGCUGCGCUGCCCUCUGCUCCCGGUGGAAGACAAAUGGGCCCACUGACUGCAGAAUUUAUUACCGCAUUCAGCGGAGCGCUUUGUAUCGUACGGCCAGAGCUGCUCUAAAUAAGAUGGAGCGAUGUUUGGUACCUGGUGAGGAUUUAUUGCCCACUGCUGAGACCGUUUACAGACAGCGUCCGUGCCGGCAGUGUUUGACCCCUGAAACGACCAUGCAAAGGCUCAGCUUUCUAUAACAAGGCGGAAGACGAUGCCACAUGUAAACAUUUUGAUAAUCCAUUUAUCUGGUAUAGGAACGGCCACUAUCUACGCCUGUCUCCUCUCUCCCCCUCCCUCUGUUUCUCUCUUCUCUCUUAUCUGCUCCCUGUCACCCUCUCUCCAUCUCCGCGACCAUUAGUGCCGUCUGCCUUCGUCACCUGCGACCGGAGCCGCCGCGGGGUCAUCAGUGACAACAUACCGCGCCGCCAGCUAUGCCACGUUUGAUCUCUGGCCGCCAUCGGCACCACGUGCGGCGCACACGUGGCCAGCGCACGUCAGCGGGAAGUCCGCCGGACACGUGCGGCGUGACGGCCGUCUGCGUUCUCUGUUAGCCUGAAAGAUCUCUCUGUUCUCUGCAGUCUGCGUUCUCUUCUGGUCUCAAAGCCGGAGGUUAAUAAAGUGACAUUGCCUCUGCUGCUCUCGCGGCCGCUGUCGUGGCUGCCACUUGUCACUUUUGGUGACGCUGACUUUUGACGGGUGGUGCUUCUUCCACUCUUACUGCCUCGUGCCUGCCCCCUCUGUCGCUGUCGCCUCCACUGCCACCUAUGCCGCUGCCGCUCCAGUUUUGGGGACCGCGGCUAUUCUGAUUACUGUGAAGAGUGCACGGUUUGGGCAAUGUGCGCUUUGGAAUCCCCGGACCAUAUGGGGACUGUCAUGUACCGUGUGAGAAUGAUGUGGACGUUUGCCCGAUGAGCCCGCCCGGUGAUCGCGGGCCCGACCCGAUCUCGGCUGAAAAUGUGCUGUAGCGAGUGCCGAGCGAUCGCCAGCAGUUGACUGCUCGAAACCGACAGAGUAUGGCUGUGUUUGUAUAGUGUUGUAUCUGGAAUUCUGCCGAUCUCUGCGAGUGACGCCAGCUCGUGACGUCUCCCUGCUUAUAUUGAUAUUAGGCAGUGUGCUGUGAGCGCAGCCUGUCCCAGCUGCGUAGGCGCAGUGUUUUAUCGUGAUUGAUUCCUCUAAGAGCUGCCGCUGAAUAGCACAUGUGGCCAUUGUGAUUGAGACCUGUCCUUUUAGCUUGAUGGAUACCGUCGGCGAUUAUUCGAGGCCGGCCGAAGUGUUUCGUCGAACACAGCCUGUCGUGCCGAAAAUAGUCAGUAAAUUACAGCACUG